AUGGUAAAGGGGGCCCCUCUGUGCCCCCCCUGGGCCGUGGGGGCAGAGGAACAGGCAGCAAAGGUCACGUCACGGCUGCGGGCGCUGCAGGGGGGCCCUGGGCUGGGCUGUGUCACCCCGACCUUCAACAGGGCCUGGUCCCACCAUGGCUCCCUCCUCUCAGUGAGCGCCUUCGUGCAGCAGGGGCAGCAGCACCUCAGCUCACCCACCUCCUCUGCCUUUGCCAGCCCCAUGGGCAGCUGCCAGGCCACGGCCAGCAGCCUGGGGGAGCGACCCCCUCCUCGUCCGUGGGCCUUGGGUGCUGACCUUGUGCUGCAGCCGGUGAGGAAAGCAGGCAGGGCAGAGCACAGCUGUGGGCAAACCCUCAUCAGCCACCUGGAAGCCCAGGUUGCCACUCAGGAGAAGUUCUCAGCCAGCUACCAGCUGGCAGGCGAGGAGCAGCCGGCCAAGCCUUCAGCGCCUUGGCUGCCUCCCCCCGGAGCUGCUGGCUGUGCUCAGGAGCCUGCAGGAGCUCUGACCCUGCUCACACAGCCCCUGGCUGGCAAGGAGCGGCAGAGCUUGUGCCACAACAUCAACGUUUCCCUGGAGUCAUUAAUAAAGGGUGACAUGAAAGAGCUCAAAGGGGAGCUCAAGAAGCCUUUUGAGAAGGCCUGCAAAGACUAUGAGAGCAAACUUGGAUGCAAUGUCAAGAGAGAUAAUGCUGGUGUAGAAGUAGUGCAGAGGCAGUAUCUCAGCAAAGUGAAUGAGAUCCAAACCAAGAAAGGGACUGGGCUCCUGCAAAACCACAUCAAGCUCUGCACGUCUCUCCUCAUUUUUUUCCAGGAAUUUUUAAACACAACAGCAAAACUGAAGCAGUUUACAGAGAAGCUCAUCCCGGAGCUGCAGAGUGUGAAGACCAGGCAGGACAAGGAGAAGCAGCAGCUCUGCUCCCUUCGGGACCAGCUGAAGGCGGCUUUGCAGCUGCAGCAGAAAGAGGACCCUGGGAACAGGCCAGCAGGGUACAACAUGCACCAGCUGCAAGGGAACAAGCAGUAUGGCAUGGAGAAGUCAGGGACCCUCUUCAAGAAAAGCAAUGGGUUGAGAAAGGUCUGGCAGAAAAGAAAGUGCACCAUCAGCAAUGGCUACCUGACCAUCUCCCACAGCAUGCUCAGUCGCCCACCAGCCAAGCUGAACUUACUGACCUGCCAGGUGAAGCCCAGCACGGAUGACAAGAAAUGCUUCCACCUGGUUUCCCACAAUCGCACCUACAGCUUCCUGGCAGAGGACGAGCAGGACUGUGUCAUCUGGGUGUCUGUCCUCAGCAACAGCAAGGAGGAGGCCCUGAAUGUGGCCUUCAGCAGGGCCCAGGGCAGAGGGGAGAGCAGCCAGGAGGAGCUGUGCCGGGCCAUCAUCCAGGAGGUCAGAGGGAUGCCCGGGAACAGGGAGUGCUGUGACUGCUCAGCCCCAGACCCCACUUGGCUCUCUGUUAACCUGGGCAUCCUGGUCUGCAUCGAGUGCUCUGGGGUUCACAGGCAGAUGGGUGUGCAUCAUUCCCGCAUCCAGUCACUGUCCCUGGACAAGCUGGCAACCUCAGAACUGCUGCUGGCAAGGAACAUCAGCAACUCUGGCUUCAACAACAUCAUGGAAGCAAAUCUCCCCAGCUUCUCCCUGAAGCCCACAGUGCACAGUGACAUGGCCUUUCGGAAAAAAUUUAUCAUUUCCAAGUAUAUUGAGAAGAAAUAUGCCAAGAGGAGCCCUGCUGCUCCGUUGUCCUGCCUCUCAGAAGCUGUCAAGGACAAGGACGUCUUGUCUUUGCUCCACGCGUACGCGGAGAACGUGGAUCUGAGCGGGGCGGUGCUGCCACCACUGCAGGAACCUGGGGAGACCCUUCUCCACCUGGCAGUGCUGCUGUCUGAUCACACCUCUCUGCAUAUCGUUGAUUUUCUUGUCCAGAACGGCAGGAGCCUGGCAAAGCAAACAGUGGAAGGGAACACACCACUGCACUACUGCUGCUCCCACAACAAACCCCAGUGUGUCAAACUGCUGCUGAAGGCCAAAGCCAACAUCUUCAUCACCAACAAAGCAGGAGAGACAGCCCUGGAUGUGGCCAGGAGGAUGAGACAUCACCUGUGUGAAGAGCUGCUGCUGCAGGCCCAGAGCAACCAGUUAAACCCCAACGUCCACGUGGAGUAUGAGUGGUGGCUGGGCCAGGAUGACAUGUAUGAGAGCGAUGAAGACCUGGACGAGAAGCUGGGUCCUGUGAAGAGGGGUCCUGCCCGUCCCCAGAGCUGCUGCCACCCCCCCCGCCGCUGUCCCCAGGCCGGUGCCAGUGCCACAGUGGGGGUGCCUGACACCUGCCCCCCACCAGCCGCCCCCCUCCACAGCCUGGAGGUGCCACCAGCCCCCACCACGGCCCCUCCAUCCCCCCCCGGCGGGCACGGCCAGCGCCUGGAGCUGACCUUCCACCCGGGGGAGGUCACUGUGGUGUCUGACAAGGAGGCCAGCAACUGGUGGAAGGGGUGGAUCGAAGGGCAGCCUCACAGGCAGGGUGUCUUCCCUGCUUCAUUCGCCCACGUGCUCAAUGAGUAG